CUACACAACCAGACCACAGUUCGCUCUAACGGAGUUGAUGAUAUCAGCAACAAACGCCGCAACAAGGUUUCAGCUUUGUUGUCGUUUGGUCAGGGAGAACUUCAUUGACGCGCGCUAGUUAAAAAUAAACUGCCCGCUUGACCUGUGAGAUUAGUAAAGCCAGCAUGAGCUCCAUGAUUCACGAUGGAUUAGCUGAUCUAAAAAUAGAUCUGAAUUAUUACCACGUGUCAAAUAAAACUGGAUUUAUGCUAGACCACCCUCUGACGGAGCUACCAGCCUACUUCAAACCAUGGGAGAACAUCGCCAGUUCUGUGGCCAGUCUAAUAGAGCGUCGAGAACUCAGGAAUGUUGUCUUAAAGAUGCCCCUACUUGACCACAACAAACUGACGGGCCACAGACAGCUGAGACUCGCUCACCUGCAACUGGCCAUGAUCGCGUCUGGUUAUGUCUGGCAAGACGGUGACGUCAAUGUGCCCAAGGUGCUGCCUAAGAGUGUGGCCGUUCCCCUGUAUUACAUAUCUCAACACCUGGGCAUUCAACCCAUCUUAAGUAACGUUGACCUCGCUCUAGCCAACUGGAACCUAGUGGACCAUAAAGGGCCAAUGGACUUUGACAACCUUGCCUGUAUCUAUCACCUACCUGGUGGGGCAGAGAGCGACUGGUUUUUUAUCGUGAACUUCAUGGCAGAAUACAACUUUGCCAAAUGCCUAGAGCCGAUGGUGAAUAUUUUAGAAGUUCUAGACAACUACCAGAAGCUUCCUGUGGGUGACGUCACACAGAGAGACAGAAUCGUUGACAGACUGGUGAAACAGCUGGAUGGACUGUUGGCUGGAAUCUUGGACAUGCAGUACUCACUCACACGCAUGCACGACAAACUGGCUGGGGAGACGUUUUACAAAGUCAUCCGUCCCUUCUUUGGUGGGUGGGGAGGAGAAGGAGGCCCCAUGCCCGAUGGACUGGUCUAUGAGGGCGUGUCGGAAAAUCCUUUAAAAUUUUGUGGUAACACAGGAGCCCAAUCGUCAACCCUUCAACUUCUGGACACCCUGCUCUGUGUUGAACAUGACCAAGAAAAACGAGACACGAUUUUGCUGAUGAGGAUGUACAUGCCCACAGCACAUAAAAGACUGAUCGAGGACAUUGAGAACAGGAAACACAAGCUGAGGCAUUUAGUCACCUCCAGUCAUGUGGAUUCACUGACAGAGGCCUAUAACAAGAGUCUUUCAGCCGUUGUCAAGUUCAGAACGGGUCAUCUUCAACUAGUCACAAAAUAUGUGUUAAUGCCAGCGAGGAAGUUAACGCAGGACAAUGUAGAAAACUUAGAUCUUAAAGGAACAGGAGGCACAAAUUUGAUGCCAUUUCUGAAAGGUUUGAAGCAAGACACAUUAGACGCUACAACAUUUGCCCAAAGAAGGAACACAUAUUUUGGGCUCACGUUUGGGGUUUUAGUUGCAGUUGCAGCCUCGGUUGCUGUUGGUCUAGUCGUUAGGCUUGUUGCGAAAAAAUAAGUAAAAAAUUAUACACGCCGCGCCUUAUAUAAGUGAGAGAUUAAGACGGCUUUAAAUAAAAUAAAACAGUG